CCGCGGAGCCUGCGACUGCCCCACUCGCCUCUCCAGUCUCCUUCCCAACGCGAUGGCCUCGGUGCUGAGCUAUGUCUCCAAGUUCAAGUCCUUCGUGAUCUUGUUCUUCACCCCGUUACUGUUGCUGCCGCUCAUCGUUCUGAUGCCCGCCAAGCUUGUCAGGUGUGCCUACGUCAUCAUCCUCAUGGCCGUUUACUGGUGCACAGAAGUCAUCCCUCUGGCUGUCACCUCCCUCCUGCCUGCCUUGCUCUUCCCACUCUUUAAGAUUCUGGACUCAAAGCAGGUAUGUGUCCAGUACAUGAAGGACACCAACAUGCUGUUCCUGGGUGGCCUCAUCGUGGCCGUGGCUGUGGAGCGCUGGAACUUGCACAAGAGGAUCGCCCUGCGCACGCUCCUCUGGGUGGGGGCCAAGCCCGCACAGCUGAUGCUGGGCUUCAUGGGUAUCACCGCCUUUCUCUCCAUGUGGAUCAGCAACACAGCCACCACAGCCAUGAUGGUGCCCAUUGUGGAGGCCAUGCUGCAGCAGAUGGAGGCCACCACCGCAGCCACCGAGGCUGGCCUGGGGGCCCUGGAGCUGGUGGACAAGGGCAAGGCCAGUGAGCUGCCAGGGAGCCCUGUGAUUUUUGAAGGCCCUGCUAUGGGGCAGCAGGAGGACCGUGAUAGGAAGAGCAUGUGCAAGGCCAUGACCCUGUGCGUGUGCUACGCGGCCAGCAUCGGAGGCACGGCCACCCUGACCGGGACGGGGCCCAACGUGGUGCUUCUGGGCCAGAUGCACGAAUUGUUUCCUGACAGCAAGGACAUCGUGAACUUCGCCUCUUGGUUUGGAUUUGCCUUCCCCAACAUGCUGAUAAUGCUGCUGCUCGCCUGGUUGUGGCUCCAGUGUAUUUAUAUGAGAUUCGAUUUUAAAAAGUCCUGGGGAUGCGGGCUGGAGAGGAAGAAUAACGAGCAGGCUGUGUACGAGGUGCUGCGGGAGGAGUACAGGAAGCUGGGGCCCUUCUCCUUCGCCGAGGUCAAUGUCCUGCUCUGCUUUGUCCUGCUGGUCGGCCUGUGGUUCUCCAGGGACCCCGGCUUCAUGCCCGGCUGGCUGUCAGUUGCCUGGGCGGAGGGCGAAACAAAGUACGCCUCUGACGCCACUGCGGCUAUCUUUGUGGCCAUCUUGCUAUUCAUUGUGCCUUCUCAGAAGCCCAAGUUCAACUUCGGCAGCCAGACUGAGGAAGAAAGGAAGACCCCGUUUUACCCCCCCGCACUGCUGAACUGGAAGGUGACCCAGGAGAAAGUGCCCUGGGGCAUCGUGCUGCUACUGGGGGGCGGCUUUGCUCUGGCUAAAGGAUGCGAGGCCUCGGGGCUGUCUGAGUGGAUGGGGAAGCAGAUGGAGCCCUUGCACGCUGUGCCCCCAGGAGCCAUCACCUUGAUCUUGUCCUUACUCAUUGCUGUGUUCACUGAGUGUACAAGCAAUGUAGCCACCACCACCCUGUUCCUGCCCAUCUUUGCCUCCAUGUCGCGUUCCAUCGGCCUCAAUCCACUGUAUGUCAUGCUCCCCUGUACCCUGAGCGCAUCCUUUGCCUUCAUGCUGCCUGUGGCCACUCCACCUAAUGCCAUCGUGUUUGCCUAUGGACACCUCAAGGUUUCUGACAUGGUGAAAACAGGACUAAUGAUGAACAUAAUUGGAGUCUUCUGUGUAUUUUUGGCAGUCAACACCUGGGGACGGGUCAUAUUUGACUUGGACCAUUUCCCUGACUGGGCUAAUGUGACGCAUAUUGCUCCUUAGGAAGAACCACAAGACCGUGUGCACAGGCCCUGCCCUCCUCCGGAUUCCCGAAACUUCCGUACACCUUGUAGCAGAGCUUUGGGGUUCACAACCCAAAGGGACCCAGUGACGCCCACACCCUACAGAGACCCAGCCAACGGCCCACCUCUUCCUCCAGGCCCGGGUUCAUAGCUGCGGACGGGAGGCUGGAGGGCAGGCUCAGAAGUGAAGGGAGCCUCCCGAGGCGGCUGGCAUCCAUCUUUACUGGGGACCUGCCAUCAUCUCUGGGACAGGCAGGCUGCAGAGGGACCACUAUAGAGGCCCCUGUCCACACCUGGCCUCCAGGUGGCCCUAUGUUAAGGUCUGGAGUCCACGUUUUGUUCCAAGGUCACCUAAAUGGGACUCAGAGCCCCACCUGCAAGGUGAUAAAACCACCUUCCAGAGCCUGUUGCCUUUUCACCUUACCUUGGGCAACCUCGGCUCACUCCUGUCACUUGGAAGGGACAACCCAGCCCAGGGACAGAACAUCUGGUCCUGGGCAGCUUCCUACCACUGGUGUGAGUGGGAAUCAGACCUUCCCGUAACUACCAGGGAUAUGGCGCCACCACCAAAGGAUGAGGAAUUUAAGCUGAAACGUCCAGACAGCACCACCCACAGCACCCUCCUGGCUACCCUGCUCCUGCCUUCCCUCCUUCCACUUUAACUGAUAAUUUGGACCCUUUCCCAGCUCUGUGAGGUACACCUCCCCCCCACCUCCUAGGUUCCUUUGUUGUCUGGGCCAACAUUUGCUGGAAUUCCCUGGCUGGGCCCUCUGGCUCCCCUUUCUCUCCCAGGCACGUGAACUUUGCUCUCUUGGGAGAUGCUUGUCCACACAGCAGCCCACACAGCUGGGAUCACACUCCAAGCACAGGCAGCGAUGCUCUUGGGGGCCAUAGUCACGUACCUAGGUCCUCCCCCACCUGCAGGCCCAGAGUGGGCACAGCUGUUAGUUGCACUCUGAAGCAGGGUCCCUUCAGAGUUCGUCAGUUAUGCUAGAGUGUGAGCUCUACUGGGGAAAGCCCUCCUUUUGCUGACUGUCCUCUGCAGCCAUGCCAGGUAGUAACAGCAUUGCUGAGAGUGAACAGUGCUUGGUGGUCCCUGAGUAGAAGCCCCUGCCCAUGAGCAAACCUACCCGAAGGUCCUGGGCAAAGACUCCAGAGUGGCCUUGGGAACCCUCAGAACCCAGGGAGAGAGACAUGAGAGACACCCACCCUCUUGUCCACCAACCUAUUUUCUUUCCUCCUUGUGUUUGGAAGAGACAUAUGAAGUCCACUGAUGGCAUUUUUAAGGGCAGGAGAAAAUAUGGCAGCCCAGGGAACCCCCCUCAAGGACCCAGCAUGUAUCUGGUUUGCUGGGUAAGAUGGUUCCUGACAGUCCCCUCUGUCUGCACGGAACAGGGCACUGAGUUGACCAUCCCUGGCUUUCCAUCAUGUGUGGGGGUGGGGACAGGUAGGUGAAUAAACUCCGCCCACCUCGUGUGUGCCGGCCCCUCGCA